GAAAGGGUUAGUUGCAAACAAGAGCGUGCUGCUUCAGUACACGUGGGGCUCUCUCUUCACUAAUAGUGGGUAACCGCAUGUCCCAACUUGAAACGUUUGUCGUAAGACUCGAAACAUUCGACAUUUAAACAACACAUAAACUGUUGUAUUUAGUUCUACUGACCAGCAAGAUUAUAGGUUACAGGAUGGAGAUAAAUUCCUAUGUUUCAUUACUAGCCCAAUAUGACAGUGCAUGCAGGAGUGGAUUUGAUUUGCAAGGAUGUGAUUAUGAAUUCUUGGAAUUCACUUUAGGACAAGAGGAUUGCCAAAAGAAGUGGUUAGCGGCUGAGAAAGAGUUAGAGGUCAUUCAAAGUAAACUUGAUGAGGCCAAAAAAGCUACAUCUAAAUUGGAAUUACUAAAUCAUCAUGUAACAAUGCUGUUGAAAGAUGAGGUGAAAGUAAGGAGUUCAAUUCAAGAAGAUAUUCGUGAAUAUCAUACGCAAUUUGAUAUGGUCCGUGAUUGUCUAUCGAGUGAAACUUAUCUUAAGGACGAACUCAUAGAGAAACUGAACAGCCUCGGUCCCAGACGCUUUCCGCAUCUCGUAAAUAAUACAAAUGCUCGCCAUGUAGACAAAUUGGAGACCAUCACUGAAGUAAACAGCGCCGAAUUGGAUUCGGUUAUGGCAUCAAGUGAGCGGUGCAGCGUAUCCAGUAGCGAACCGUCUGAUGAAGACCUCGAACUCUCGGGUACCGUUCGUUCUUACCGAGAUCUUCAUCGCUUGAAUAAGCAAUUUUCUGAACUGGUGCCUGAUGGGGAGCAUCAAACAUCUAAUAAACGCGUAACAGAUGGAAGCACUGCAACAGAAGUUGGCGUACUCGACCAAUGCAUUGUGGCAACCACUACUGUUUCUUUCUCAAUGCAAACUGGUUCAACUGUAGUCAGUUCUGUGAUCGAAGGUUAUCCGGGAUCAAGCAGCAGUGAUGAAUGCACUCAAAACACAACAGUCAUAAGAAAACAUCGUCUGAAACGGCAAGUUGUCUUUCAUCAUAUUGAGACCUGCUAUCCAUGUGGCCUUCGAAUCAAGUUUGGCAAAUCUGCGUUGAAGUGUAUCGAUUGCGGCAUGAAUUGUCACAUUAAAUGCGAGUCAUUGUUGCCAAGAUCUUGUGAUCCCCAAACCUCCAAAAAUGAAACCGAGAAGCGCCUUGAAGUGGCUACACCGAAAAAGAAAGCUUUGCGUUUCUUCACUUCCCCGUCGACGAAAAAGUGAUGCAGACCCUAACACCUAAGUAGAUUUUUGUGGUUUUUGAUUCAGAAUGUUUCUUUGUUUGUUAACAACUUCACAUUUAUUUUUUUUUCUUUUGAGUAUCAACCAUUUGAACGGUUAACGUGUUAAGUGAAAUUUUUGGUUCUUUUUAGUAAUCCUGCAAAAGUGAUCCAGCAGACUAUUAAAUCCAAGUAGAUUUUUGUGGUUUAAUUCGGAAUGUUUUUUUUUUUUUGAACAAAAUUUUCUUCAAUUUGGUAACAACUAUUUUAACGGUUAACAUGUCAAAUAGAAUUCUCCGUUCUUUCAA